UUUACGUAUGGAUUUAAAGGCCACUGUUUUUGAAAAAAAAACUUUGACUCAAAGAUUGAUCACAUGUUUUGAUUUGACACCACAUUUGAGUCGAUUAUCACUGAAUUGAUCCAUUAGUCUACUAUCACCCGAACAGGUCCUUGUCACCGAUGGCCCAAACAGCACACACCGUACUGCUGGUCCAGGCCAGUGGGCUCGACACCAGACAAUACUCCGACUACGACAGCCUUAACGACGCCCUCCAGGGCAUUUGUCACAUGUAUGAGCAGCACCUGAAGAAGAUGUUCCCGAAGGACACGGAAAUCCAAUACGAUUUGAGUCAACUCUUCGAGUACAUCGACGCGUUGACUGACUUAAGUCUACUGGUGUUCAAGAGGGCCACCCAUUCAUACGCCCCGCAGACCAAGGAGUGGAUUAAGGAGAAGCUGUAUAUGUUGUUGAGAACGGACACCAAUAAGUCCGACGGCUGAGCGCACGGCCCCCUCCAAGAACUCACUGAUCUGAUCCCUAUCUGGUCCACAUAUGUGUUCACUAUAUUUUGUUGCCAUUUGUUAUAUCAAUACUUUUUUGUAUUCAUUUUGUACAUCAAACAGAUUAUCCUAUUUUAGAUUAUUAUGACAUUAUAUUAAUGAUUGCAUUUUGAUAUAACGUUUACUUAAGAUUUAUAAUUAUACGGUAAUUACUAAUUAUGUUUUGAAAUAAAUAUUGAAAAUAAAGUGUUAAUU